AUGUGGGCCCCCUUUCCCGAUGGUCCCGAUGGUCCCGAUGGUCCCGAUGGUCCCGAUGGCUCUCCUGAGCUCCUCACUGGCUUCCCCGAGGUGAUGUCGCGGCUAGGAUCAUCUCCCGCGAUCGUCUUCCGUCCCCGGAAGCGUGUUCUAGUGCGGUACCCGAUGGUGAUUCGCGCUUCCCGGAAGCUUAAAUCAGCCACUCAGCAGUCCGGCGCGAUCGACCACAACUCGAGCGGCGUUCUUGAGCAGGUCACAAGAGCAGCAGCGUAUGCCAUCUUCAUCGCCGGCGACCAUCUCACAGCGUGA